AUGCUCUGCCAAACCACACUGUCUGAAAGCAGGCAGCACCGAAUUAGUGUUGGCAGUCAGGCAUCGAGGCAGUUUAGUUUUAAAACUGGAGCAUCUGUCACCAUCCCGUGUCGUUAUGAUAGCACAUAUAUACAACAUAAGAAACACUGGUGCUUUGACGCUUCUGCAGCAUACAAUUACUGCAAAAUUCAGGCGUAUGCCAAUGAGACACAGGGGAAAGUGACAGUGACUGAUAACCCAGCUGAGAGUCUCUUUACUGUGACUAUGAAUAAUCUCCAGACAGAAAACACUGGAUGGUACUGGUGUGUUGUAGAUAUAGGUGGAAUAUUCGAUCCAGAUGUUAAAGAACAACUUCAUAUCACAGUGAAAUCAGAUCCUGAUCUGUCUGUGAUGGAGAGCAGAGUGAGUGGUGAGGAAGGAGGCAGCGUCACAGUCCAGUGUAACUACAGCGCUGCGUAUCAGAAUAAACAGAAGCAGUGGUGCAGAUUUAAAGACAGCCGCUGCAACAAUAUGGGGAGGACUGCCACAUCCCAGAAUUCAGCAGUGAACCUCAGUGAUGAUGGGAGAGGAUCCUUCAGUGUGCAGAUGAGUGGACUGAAGAAGAGUGAUGCUGGCUGGUACUGGUGCAGUGCAGGAGAUCUGCAGGUUCCUGUUCACAUCAGUGUCGGUGAUCCACCUCCAGGUGUUGCCAGUCAGGCAUCGAGGCAGUUUAGUUUUAAAACUGGAGCAUCUGUCACCAUCCCGUAUCGUUAUGAUAGGACAUAUAUACAACAUAGGAAAUACUGGUGCUUUGACGCUUCUGCAGCAUUCAAUUACUGCAAAAUUCAGGCUUAUGCCAAUGAGACACAGGGGAAAGUGACAGUGACUGAUAACCCAGCUGAGAGUCUCUUUACUGUGACUAUGAAUAAUCUCCAGACAGAAAACACUGGAACGUACUGGUGUGCUGUAGAGAUAGGUGGAAUACUCGAUCCAGAUGUUAAAGAACAACUUUAUAUCACAGUGAAAUCAGAUCCUGAUCUGUCUGUGAUGGAGAGCAGAGUGAGUGGUGAGGAAGGAGGCAGCGUCACAGUCCAGUGUAACUACAGCGCUGCGUAUCAGAAUAAACAGAAGCAGUGGUGCAGAUUUAUAGACAGCCGCUGCAACAAUAUGGGGAGGACUGCCACAUCCCAGAAUUCAGCAGUGCAGGUCAGUGAUGAUGGGAGAAGAUCCUUCAGUGUGCAGAUGAGUGGACUGAAGAAGAGUGAUGCUGGCUGGUACUGGUGCAGUGCAGGAGAUCUGCAGGUUCCUGUUCACAUCAGUGUCGGUGAUCCACCUCCAGAUCCUGAUCUGUCUGUGAUGGAGAGCAGAGUGAGUGGUGAGGAAGGAGGCAGCGUCACAGUCCAGUGUAACUACAGCGCUGAGUAUCAGAAUACACAGAAGCAGUGGUGCAGAUUUAAAGACAGCCGCUGCAACAAUAUGGGGAGGACUGCCACAUCCCAGAAUUCAGCAGUGCAGGUCAGUGAUGAUGGGAGAGGAUCCUUCAGUGUGCAGAUGAGUGGACUGAAGAAGAGUGAUGCUGGCUGGUACUGGUGCAGUGCAGGAGAUCUGCAGGUUCCUGUUCACAUCAGUGUCGGUGAUCCACCUCCAGGUAUUAUCACAUACACUGACCUCUACUUUAACAAAUGAAAAUCACAAUCAUGAUUAUUUUUCUUUUUCUUAGAUGUGACUGCAGGACUGACUACAGCAGUGACUACAGCGACUACAACCAGUGUAGCAGUGACUACAACCACUCACCAUGUCAGUACUUACACAUCUGGAUCGAAGCACAGUUCAG